GCUAAGUUAGAACGUGUUAUUGGCUGCACAGCCUCAUCGCGAUGCUCCAUUGCAGUCGAUCAACACAAAGGACUCAUUGCAUAUCCGGCCGGUUCAACGGUCGUGCUGCAAAAUCCGAACACAGGCGCUCAGGCGCACUUGAUUGGUACAACGAAAAACAAUAUCACUUGUUUGGCCUUUUCAAAAUGUGGUGGUUAUUUGGCUACUGGCGAAUGUGGACAUGAGCCGAGGAUCAGAGUCUGGCAAUUAUACGAUACAAACGGACAGUUCUGUUUCAACCAGUUAACGGACAUCAAAUAUCAUCAAAUCGGGAUCGUUUGUGUGCGUUUUACACACGAAGACAAAUACAUUCUGUCAAUUGGUAAUCGGCAUGAUAAAGCGAUUGCCAUUUGGGAUUGGCGAACCAAAAUGAAAAUCGCUGAAAAUCGACUCACCUCAAAGAUCAAUUCGGUGGAUGAGAACGAGCAAGGCGUUUAUGUGACCGUUGGUAUGCGACAUGUCAAGUUCUGGCAUAUCGCAUUGAACACGAAGAGCGAUAGACAAAUGCCAUUACAGGGUCGAUCAGCAAUUCUGGCCGACCACCGUAACAAUACGUUCGUUGACGUUUGCUGUGUGUCGAAUAAUCGCACGUUCUCGAUUACGGAAACAAAAAUGCUCGUCGAAUUUAACGAUAAAAAGUUAGUAAACACGUAUGAUCUGAACGGUGAGGUACCGCAUUCUUUGGUUGGUGGUAAUCAUGAGCUGUUCAUCGGUUUCAACAAUGGUACGAUACGAUGUUUCGACACGGACACUGUCGAGCACAAACGUACCUAUUGUAAACCGCAUCAUUUUUUGUGUGAUAUUGCCAGAGGAGUGUCGGCCGAUGCUCUCUUACCUACAUCGCAUCCAGCUGACGCUAGGUAUCCGGACGUGAGAGCACUCUGUUACAAUAAGAGAACCGAUGUGAUGACGGUUGUGUAUAGUGAUCGUUCGAUCUAUAACUGGAAGCACAUACCGAAUACGGAUUCAUAUUCCAAACUAUCCUCACAACUCUUUCAUGUUGGAUCGAUCCUUUCACUUGAAGUGUAUUCAAAUGUGCAUUCCUUUCUGCCGUUUGGUACGUUUAUAACGGGUGGUGUAGAUGAGACGAUUCGCCUUUGGAAUGUGGAUCAGAAGAUCAAUCAAUUCGAUCAAGCGUAUUCGUCAUCGUUACCGCCGACAAACGUCUACUCAGAAGAUCUCAAGAAGAUAAUUUAUUUAGCGAAUACAAACAACUCAUUAACAGAGGCACCAGAACAAGUGCUAGCACCGUCAAUGGAUUUGAAAGUGGGCGCGAAAUCGCUUCGUGUUAGCCCAGACGGACAACAUCUUGCAUGUGGCGGACGUGAUGGCAAUUUACGAGUGUAUGAUUUGACGUUGCCCGAUACGCCUAUGGUAACAAUAUGCGAGGCGCAUGAAGCGGAAAUAAUGUGUUUGGAAUAUUCGGAUCCUGAACGAUGUGAUCAUUAUCUGUUGGCUUCGGGAAGUCGAGAUCGCUUAGUGCAUUUAUUCGAUCCACGAAGUGAUUACACACCGCUGACGACCAUCGAUGAUAACCACAGCACGAUCAAUUCGAUUGUUUUCACGACAGUCAUUUCAGGGACUAGCGAAAAUCUGGCCAGAGAUUUUUGUUUGAUAACGUGUGCAGCCGAUCGAGUGAUUACAGUACACAAAUUGUUGGACACGGCAGAAUCAAGUGGAGUGACAUUCAAACGAAGCAAUCAAAUGAAAGCACAGUUCGGAUUGAACCACAUGUUGCUGAGUGGCGACACCCUGCUAACGGCCUGUCAAGAUCGAUUGCUCAGGUCGUUCGGAUUCAACGGAAAGGUGGUGAAACAAAUCAAGGGAACGUCCACUGACGAUGGCCAACUCACUAAGGUAAGACUGGAUCCAUCCGGAACAUACGCCGCAACGGUGUGUAGUGAUCGAAACGUUUACAUCGUCGAGGCGUCAACUGGUGAUUGUGCGGCCGUAUUAUCUGGGCAGUCGGACUCAGUGACGGAUGUGGCGUUUACGAAUGACUGCAAACGAUUGAUUGUCGUCUCGUAUAGUGGAUGCAUAUUCGUAUGGCGAUUAUCAAAUCUACUGUCAAACAAAAUGGCCGAAAACUUGAAGAAAGUUUCAGCGGGCAGCACUGUGGCGACUAAUCAAUUGUCGACAGCAUCAACGAUCGCGGAUAGGCCUGAAACCCCGGAUAGUUUGUUGGGUGGGACGAGUAGUGACGCGGCUAGUGAACGACACCAGAUAGCGGUGCAAAGAGCGAUUCCGAGCAAGGUAAGGAGUAGUGCUUUUCUUUGGGAUUAUUUUUAUUUGUUCUGA